CGAGUUAUAAGCCUUCAUGGUCCCACAAGUGGACUUUGAACCCCACACAGAGUCAGGCGAUGACUCGAACCACGAAUAGAUUUGUGGCUUCCAAAUUCACCAAAUCAGUUGUGGCUUCAGGGGGUGACGAUCGAGCAGUGGAUAAGUGGACACUGGCCAGUAAUUUGAUCUAGCCUUGGUGAAUUUUUUGACAGGGUUUGUCUUCUGCUAGGCUGAACAGGUACCACAUCGCCCAAAACAAGAUGUCUGGAAGUGACUUCAUUGGAGUUCUCGGGGUGACCAAUGUGUCCGAUGUUGCCAUGACGAUCACCGUGGCAACAGUCAGUCUGUACCUGAUGAUGGGUUUAGGGGUGUAUCUCAUGUGCCCAAGCCUCAUCCUCCAGGUGUAUUUCAAAUUUGCCGUGCUAUGGAGCGGCAUGAAGGUUAAGUUCGUGUCUCCCGACGGCAAGUUCCAGUUCUGCUACGGAGAGAAGGGACAACAGCGUGAGGGCAGCGUCAGCCUCCUGUUCCUCCACGGCUUCACCGCCGACCACUUCAUGUGGACCCCAGUAGUGAAGCGAAUCCCGUCCAGUGUGCAUGUCAUCGCCCUGGACAGUCCAGGUCAUGGUGGCAGCAGUGAACCAGAGGAGGAUGACCUUGACUACACCUCUCAGGUCAAGAUGAUCAGGAAGUUUGUGGAGUUAGUUGGUCUGGACAAGCAACCAUUCCACAUUGUCGGUCUGUCGAUGGGUGCGGCCUUGGGGGGACUGUUCGCUGCUGAGUACCCCCAGCUGGUGAAGAAACUGACCCUCUCAUGUCCAUCUAUGAUCACUCCAACACCAAGUCCAUUUGCAGAAGGACUGAGACAGCAUCACGAAAAUGGCAGGGACUUUGACGUUACAAGUUGCAUCUUGUUGCCACAGAAUGGAGCCGAGGUACAGGAGAUGCUCAACUUCAGCAGAUUUUACAAGACUACCUUCCCGUACCAGAUUUUACAAGGUGCUGCUGACAUACGGAAAAAGAAGAACGACUUCUACCUGAAAUUAUUCCUCUGCAUCACUCAUCAACGCAACACUCUUGAAGACAAUCUGCAGAAAGUCAAGGUCCCUGUACAGCUCAUCUGGGGAAAGGAAGACAAGAUCAUAGAUUUGUCCGGCAUAGAUGCCUUGAAGACUGGACUGUCCAAGGUAGAUCGUGUUGACAUAAUUCCCGAGUGUGGACACGCCAUAACUCUUGACCAACCAGAGACCUACACACGAGUUAUCAUGGAGUAUUGGACAGCAAGGGAGACAACUCACACAUGAAACAGCAUUUUAAAGACCUACACAACAAUUUGCUCAGGGUAGUUUUCUAGUCUUGACGAUUUUAGUUCAACUUUGUCUUGGAAGUAUUGUUUAUCCUUUUCUGAUAUACAUUAAGCAGCACAAUGCAGUUUGUCCGUCAAAUAGUAGAAGUCGUAAUGUAUGUUUAGGAAAUUGUGUGUGGCUGAGAAAAGGAUACAUGUCAGUUUAUGGAAGGGGAUUUAGCUUAUACUUUGCUAUGAUGACAUAUAAAAUUAUUGCUUUGCUGUAGUAUUCUGGGGCACAUUUUGUGAAUUAUAUUUUAUUUGUAAAACGGGUCCUCUGCCAAAAUUGUAAAAAUGUGUGAUAGUCUGCAUGAUAAUAAUAUAAUAAUAAUAAUAGUCAAAUUUAUAUUGAGCAUUUAUCCAUGCACAUUGCAUGCUCAAAGCGCUGUUGUAUUGUCAGUACCAUCAACAUUCAAAAUAUCUUUAGUAUUUAGUGAUUAACCUAGUCAGGGCAAGAAUGGUACAUUAAAAUUUGAAUGCAUCCUCUAAAAUGAAAAAUUGGUUCAAAGUUUUAUGAUUUAUGUUGUGAAACAUAGGAAAUGAGAAAUGAGACUCAAAUAAGUAUUAGUCUGACUUAAGUGUUACUCGUCAGGGAAGUCACACAAGCAGUUACUUAAACAAACACUUUACAAUGAGUUAAUGUACUCUGAGGAUAUUAAACAGUAAAUGCUGCCAGUGUCCCUAUCAAUAGUGAUUGUGGGUGGAGCAGUCGUUUGAAGCCAUGAAGAAUUUUGUCAAUGUUCUCCAAAACAAGAUAUGUCCAACAUAUUUUAACCCAGAAAUUGUACAACCAUCUCUUCAUUGACCAUGGAAAUUUUUCUUUAACAAACUUUUUAUGCCUGAUCUUUUCUUUGUUUUGAUCAGUAGCAAUGCAGAAUGAAAUGAUAUUUAAGAGCAUUAAAUACUGACUUAUAUAUAUUCGGACAUUGCGAAAAGAUUUUUCUUGUUCCAAAAGAACUGGUAAAAUAUAAGCCAUAAGGCAAAUUGUAAUUUUCGGAAAGUUCUGUAUUUUUGCAGAAUCAUUGUAUCAUGAUGGUCACAUUUUCUUUUCACAGACAUCAUUGUUUUCUCUAAAUGCUUCUUUCAAAAUGAAAAAUGUUAUUAAAUGUUCAAAAGUAGUAAUGUGCGACCAUUAGUAUUUUAUCACCUGUAACUAAUACUUACCAAUGAAAUUAUUACAUGUAAAACCUUUGUCCACCUGUCUCCUGAUACUUGCCUUAGGUCUGAUUGUCCAGUGUGUUAGUUUGUGUCGAUACUUUGUGUCGACACAAGCUUGCAUUUACCACACUGGAUAGCUGGUAACUUAAUAUGUGUAUUUACUUGUUUUGCUGCAGGAUAAACACUGACAAUAUUAUUUGUUUAUUGAAACUUUGAUUCUGAAAAAAAUUCCAGACAAAUAUUGAAUGAUGUAUAUUUUUACAUGAAAUCAAAACUUUUAAUCAGUGAAUGAUAUGUACAUCAUCAUAAGAUAAUCAUCGUCGUCCUCAUUAUGUACAAAUCAUCAUAAUAGCUUUAAAUAUUUUCAUCAACGACCAUACAAUCAGAUCAUACUACAAGGGAGAUGAUUUAUGAAUGUCAACGUGAUCUAUGCUGAUUCAUUACUUAGCGUAUC